CUUCGAACCAAACUUCACUAUCUUGGCAUUGAUGGAAGAGGGAGGGGAAAUUUAAUGGCCGUCAAUACCACUUAAAAAUACAAAAAGUCGGGAUAAUCUCGAGUAUUCACAUUGUUUGGCUCACCAAUAACGUCCACCGUUCCUAACCACGGUUCAGAGGACAUGCACGGACGUGGAGCGGGCUUGUGGUCUAGUUUGAUAGGGCAGUGAACGGACUUUAGCCGUCUGGUUAGUCGGACUGGGGAUAAGGCCUAGCCGGCUGGAUGCUAAAAAACAACUAGUCCAUCACAGGAGUACAGUGAGAAUAUGUAACAUAGAGAAAGCAACAUGACAUCACGAUUUGGUAAAACAUACAACCGUAAGGGGGGUGAAGCGAACUCUAAAUUUGAAGAGGUCUUCUCUAAUAAAAAACCCACUCUUACCACUAAAUGGGGGGAGACAACUUACAAGGCACAAUUGGGGACAAAGAGGUCAUCUUUAAAGUCUGAUGUUGCUGAGCUCCCCAAGCGGCCCAGGCUUGAGGUCGACAGCGACAAUGAUGAAGACCCCUUUGGAUUUGACAGCGAUGAUGAGUCAAAGACUGUCACCUCUCAGACAGCUACACAGUCUAAAUCAGAGGAUGGACAUGCAACAUCAAAACCUCCAUCUGGUCAGGCGACUGGCACAAAGGCUGCUGUGGCCUCCUCUGUCACUUCUGCUGCCAAGCAGACUUCUGAAGAGAAGUUGGUGAAAAACAGCCAGUCGUCUUGGACUAGAACCACAGCAUCCAAUAGCAUCCAGAAGCCUGCAGCCGCAUCCUCCUCGUUAACGUCGAGAGACCGCAAUCCAACAGGGACCUCCUCACUAAGCAUGGAUGCCACUCUGUGCAGCAAAGGCUCUUCUCAAAUGCUACCUGGAGGAAGCCGGAACUCCCAGUUCACCUCCAACUCGUCUUUCAAGGAUGGGAUGUCCUCAGAAGGCAUGAGUCAGGAAGAGAGGCCGCUGGCCUCGGAGCCUCCAGCAGAGCCCGUGGAAAACGUUGAGCCGUCGCCGUUCACCCUCAGGACGGCAAACUCUAGGAAGUACCAGCGGCCUGGUCGAGACUCUGCCUCCUCAGAUAGUGCAGACGUCGGCGUGGCCCCUGAAACCCCCUGCGCCGAUGCCAAGCCCAACACCACAGUGGGCACCGGUGUCGCUAAAACUGCCGCCAAUGCUAACACCGCGGCCGCUAAGGCGCCGGCGGCCGGCCGAGGUAGAGGCCGGGUAAGGGACUACACGGUGCUGCACCCUUCCUGUCUGUCGGUGUGCAACGUCACUAUCCAGGACACCAUUGAGCGCAGCAUAGACGAGCUGGUGGCCCCGGUGGCACCCGCCGACCUGGGAGAGGCGGGCCUGAUGAAGAAGAAGUCUGACGUUCAGCUAGUGAAGAACACCAGAUUUGUGUGCCCCAGGUUCCGACCUGUCAAGACGAAGAAGGACACCAAGCUGGAGUUCUUCGGCUUCGAGGACAAGGAGGACCACGGCGGCUCGGAGGGCUCGGAGGGGGGCGUGGCCGGCGGCAGCAGCAGCUACAAGAUCAAGUACUUUGGCUUCGACGAACUCAGCGAGAGCGACAGCGACGAGGAGGGCUCCCAGGUCAAGGAGAGAAAGAAAGCCAAGAAGGCCGUUGCGGCGGCGGCGCUGGCUGCCCUUAGCGCCAGCGUGGACAGCCCCCACACCAGCGACUCUCAGGACAGCCAGACCAGCAGCAACACAGGUACGGCCGAUGGUCUUGACUUCACGGAGGACUCCAUCCCCGCAGCCCCUGACGGAGCGAAGGUGCGCUCAGGCAAGCCGGGUGACAAGUCAAAGGAGCUCACCACUGGGUUCAAGAAGAUCUUCAGCGGCCCAAAGAAGUCUCCUGCUAAAGCCUCUUACAACGCGCGCCACUGGAACCAGCCCGAGCCCGAGGAGAUGCCUCCACCACUGGCCCGCGCGCACACCGCUCCCCCCACCUUGUCGAGCGGCAGCAAGGACGGCACCGCCCACAAAGACGACGGGCUGUUCAAGGCCCCCCCGCCGCCGCCCAAGGUGAUCAAGUCAGAGACCCUCCCCACCAGGCUCCACCAGGACAUCGUGACCGCGCUCAAAUGCAGGAAGGAGCACAAGGAGCUGUACACUGUGGUGCAGCACGUGAAGCACUUCAACGACGUGGUGGAGUUUGGAGAGAACCAGGAAUUCACAGACGACUUUGAGUACCUGGAGACGGGGCUGAAGAGCAGCCAGCCGCUCAACACCCGAUGCCUUAGUAUAAUCAGCCUAGCCACGCGCUGUGCACUGCCCGGUUUCAGGAUGCAUUUGCGGGCCAGAGGAAAAGUGGCGCACGUUUUCAAGAUGAUCAGCGACGCACCACAGCAUCCGAACCUUGCUCUGUGCACCGCGGCCCUGAUGUACAUCCUGAGCCGCGACCGGCUGAACAUGGACCUGGACCGGGCCUGCCUGGAGCUGAUGAUCAAGCUGCUGGAGAUGGACCAGCUGAUCCCCCUCCAGCCGGCCCCCCAGGACCCCCAGGACCAGCCGGACCAGCUCAGCCCCAAGGAGGUGGCCAAGGUCAAGGAGAAGAUCCGCAAGCUCUGCGAGACGGUGCACAACAAACACCUGGACCUGGAGAACAUCACGACGGGCCACCUGGCAAUGGAGACUCUUCUCUCUCUGACCUCCAAGAGGGCCGGGGAUUGGUUCAAGGAAGAGCUGCGUCUCCUCGGGGGUCUGGAUCACAUCGUGGACAAAGUGAAAGAGUGUGUGGAGAACUUGAGCGAGGAGGACGACAAGGAGAACCUGGUGGCCUCCUUGUGGGGAGCGGAGCGGUGUCUGAGAGUGCUGGAGAGCGUGACGGUGCAGAACCCCGAGAACCAAGGCUACCUGAUCGCCUACAAGGACUCCCAGCUCAUCGUGUCGGCCGCCCGAGGCUUGCGCUGCUGCGAGGACAUGAUCCAGCGCUACAGCCGCGCUCUGAACAACAGUUCCCUGUGCCCCGGCUCAGAGCUGCCCCACUGUAGCUUCAGCAACGUAGGCAAGGCCGUGGAGGACUGCAUGCGGGCCGUCAUCGGCGUGCUGCUUAAUCUCACCCACGACAACGAGUGGGGGAGCACCAAGACGGGGGAGCAGGACGAGCUGAUCGUGACGGCCCUCAACUGCGUGCUACGGGCUCCCCGCUACAUCCCCCAGGAGCAGCGCUUUGACGUCCGCGUCUUGGGUCUGGGCCUGCUGAUUAACCUGGUUGAGUACAGCUCCAGGAACCGUCACAUUCUGGUGGAGAUGGAUUACGCUCUGUCAGAGGGCUGCCUGGACGACAGCAGCCUGGGGCCACCCGCCGAGCCAGCACCAGCCGGCCAGGGGGAGGAGCCUGCAGUGCCAUGCCAGGGGGCGGAGCCUGCAGUGCCAUGCCAGGGGGAGGAGCCUGCAGUGCCAUGCCAGGGGGAGGAGCCUGCAUUGCUAGGGCAGGCGGAGGAGCCUGCAGCGCCAGUGCAAGGGCAGGGGGAGGAGCCUGUAGGGAAGGGGGAGGAGCCUGCUGCCCCCGUACCAGGCGAACCUUCGGCCGACGAUGAGGACAAACCCCCGGCCACCGGGGCUCUGGCUGCCCUGGUGAAGCUCUUCCUGGAGCGCGAGCGGGCUGCCAUCCUGGCCGAGGCCAAGACCGAUGACCUCAUCAGCGAGGCGCCCAAGCCGGCGCUGGACCAGAGCGGGGAGUGGAAGGAGACGUCCGGGGAGAUCCAGUGGGUGGCGGCCGAGACCAAGGAGGGGGCGGAAACGCAGGAGCCUGAGAAGAAGAAGGAGGAGGAAGAGGAGGAGCUGGACCUGAACAAAGCUCUGCAGCACGCUGGCAAGCACAUGGAGGACAGCAUCGCAGCCUCCUACACCGCCCUGCUGUUGGGGUGCCUUUGCCAGGGGAGCCAGACGAAUGCAACUACUGUGAGGGAACAUCUACCCAAAGGCGACUUUUCCAUCAUGACGGAAAUGCUGAAGAAGUUCUUGAACUUCAUGAACCUCACUUGCUCCGUGGGUACCACAGGACAGAAGUCCAUCACGCGGGUUAUCGAGUACCUCGAGCGAUGUUAACACACCUCGCUGUCUCUCUCUCACUCUCGCUCUCGCUCUCUCUCUCUCUCUCUCUGGCUCUCUCUCUAACUCUCUCACUCUCUCUCUCUGGCUCUCUCUCUAACUCUCUCACUCUCUCUGCCUCGCUCUCCUUCUCUGCCUCUCUGGGCCCACACACACACACACACUCUGCACCUACACACACCGACUGCACAGCGAGGCGGGGGAGAAGGGUGGCGGCGAAAUAUCCGCCAGGAAUGGAGCGACAGGGCGUGUCGUCUGGACCCCGUCCCAAAAUGCCUCUCUAACUGCAGAUCACGGCCAAUUGUGAUCGGCACCCCGGUAGCAUGGUGAGGGAAGAGCCUUGCACCAAAGCCAUGGGGUCCCAUCGACGAGGCGGCCAAACCCAUCCAGCCCUCUUGCCCUCUUGUACCGUUACAUCUAGGUUGCCGAAGUGCGACGCCUGGUCUAGCCAGAUCUAGGAGUCUGGACCGGUCCCGGUCGCCCGCCCGGUAGGAUUGCAUCCCUUUAACGAGGAACGGUACUCCAGCCGACGGUGGAGUUAAUGGCUGGGGCGGGCGGGGGCGUGUGUGGUCGCUGGGGCAGGGUCGGUGCUUAACAUUGUGCGGUCACAGAGUGUUUGUUCUUAACAGUAAUGCUUGGCCCAAGUGGGAACUUAAGAUUUCGUAUUUCAUAGAUCAUUGCAUUUGAAUAUGGUCCCCCAGCCGCGAGCGAGGAUGGGAACCGGCGACUGGAAAGCACGGCUUGCGUUCAUGGAUUUUUAGAGUGUUCCAUACGUGUCCAUGAUACCUUAUUUUUAUGUUUUUCGGACACGAUCAGUUUUAAAGUGAGACUCACUGUGUUUAGGAUAAGUUCAUGCCUUUAUCAACGUGCAUGUUUUAUUACUAGCUUGAUGGGGAUAAAAAAACGAUAAGAUAAGCUUUUAUGAUUUUCUUCUGAUUGUUGCCAUUUGUUUUUUUUUACUAUACAGAUGCAAAACAAACUGAGAUUUUGUUUUCUGAUAAUGGCAUGGAUCUUCUUUUGAUUUUAUUUAAACAUUUUCACAAGUUAGUUUUGAUAAAAUUAGUCUUAGGGUUGGGCUUCUAACGUUUGUGUCCUUGGCUGAGCGUGGCACCAAAAUCAAAUAUUACGAAUAUUGAAUGUCAUACUACUACUUUGCCAGUAUCAGUCAGAAUUUUCUACAUAUUUAAUUUGGAAUCCAUUAGGUAUCGUAUAAUUAGGGAUUUAAACUUGUUUGUCUUAGAAUACUCAGUAUUGAGCCUUGUUUUAAAAUGUGUGUUUUUGAGUUUGAAGGGGUCCAUUUUACCAUGUUUUUAUUUCCUCUCCGUUGGAGUGCCCUUGGACAUGCCACAUAUACCACAUAUGCUACAGCUCCAUUGAUGGACAUAGGUUUUGAACUGCUGUGUGUAGGACUCAAGCGAAAACUACUGUCAACUAAUUUUAGCAGGAUAAUGUUUUAUGUUCAUUUCUUGUUCACUUGUGUUGUGGAUUGCAUCUCAUAGUCUAGGGAUGUCCUUUAUACCAUUCACUGACGGGUUCGACCCAUGGAGGAUGAAGAGGCACGAUCCAACCAUAAUGCAUUGGGUUCAUUGAAAACGCGUCAAUUGGUUUAAAGCACCAAUCUCAAGUACUCUUGGUAAACCAAUAACUGAACAAAGUACAGCCAUACCUUUUAAUAAGUAGAUUACCUACGUUGUAUCUGUUUUUGAAUUCAAUGAAUAUAAUUGCGGUUUAAUGUAAAUGACUUACUUGGUUAAAUUUGGUCUGAAAUGGGAUAAUGGAAUGUAAAUAGUCCUGUACAUAGUGGUAAGCAGAUGUUUAAAAUGCUUGGACUACUUUUUUUCUUGAAGCUAAUAUUUUUAUUUUAUACAAUAUUUCCCAGUUCAUGAUUUGACGAAAACAAAAGUUUUUGAGAACUGCAGGAGGAAACCAGUUUGUACCUCUUUCAGUGGCGUUGUCUUUGGUUACGUUGUAAAUAGCUGUUUAAAGAAUUGCUACUUUUAAAUACACUC